GGCUCGGCGUCAACAAGCCUGACCUUAUAGAGACAGCCCAUCCUUGAGAAAGAAGAGGAAAAAAAAAAGGAAGAACAGAGUAGUGGGAGCGAUGGUCUUCCGUCUUCUGCUAACACAUAAGAUUCCUUUUCAAGUAAACCGAGUCUUGAGUCCAGCACCAUCACAGAUAGCCUCCUACUAAGGUAUAUCCCAUUAAGGACUCUCCGUGGGAACCUCGGAACUGGGCACACUAGGAGGCCCCAAUGCUCGUGGCUUCAUCCUCUACGGCAUCGUCAUCCCUGCCGCUGGCCGUCCACGCGUUCGGGGUUCGCCUCUUGACCAAAUCUCCCCCAUCUCUCCGCGCCGUUGGCAUCUCACCGAAAGUCACCUUUUUACGCCCCCAGGUGAAUUAUGACGAACGAGUGUACUAUCGUCACCUCCUUCAUGAUGACCGUACGAGGCAGGAGAAAAGUGAUUUCGUCUUCCGAUUCGCCCAAGAUAGCACGCCACGCGACGGACAGGCACGCCGUUUCUCCUCGGACCUCCGGCGACAGACGAGUACCUACGUUGUACGUUGUAAAGCCCUGAUGCCAAGCUACCAAGCCGCGAAGAACCCGGAGUGGAUAUCCGGCCACGGUCGACAGGGGGCCAACUCCGCAGAUUUUUUCUUUCUUUCUUUGCCCCUCAUUUCCUUCGGCGAUUAUUCAGGAAAGUCAGGGUAACUAAGAAAUAGUGGGCCUACUAACCGUCUUUGUUUGUUUUUGAUUCUAACGCGUGGCCGCCCCCCUUCU